CUUGAACACGUGCCACAUUUCUUCUUUCCCAUCUCUAUCUAAUUCAAUUCAACAUCCUCCUUAAAUUCGAACCCAUUUCAAUUCAAAUUUCAUCUCUUUCGAUUCUCAAUUCUUCAUUGUUAACACAGACUCAGAUUUCAUUUUUAUUUUUUUAUUUUUUUAAUAAUGUUGAAACUUCCAUGCAAUGGAGUGGACCGGGUUCACCUCAUGUCUCAAUGUGGGUUUAUGGGUCGACCCACUUCAUUUUUUACCGGCCGGAGCUCAGUUAAAGGAUUCCGUUCUACAAAGGCGUAUCCGGUUCAGGCUGUGGCGUCAGCUAAGGACGGUGCGGUGGUGAACCGGGUUGAAGCGGAUAUUGGGAGUUUGGCGAACCGGUUGCGGCUUGGGAGCUUAUCUGAGGAUGGAUUGUCGUAUAAAGAGAAGUUCAUUGUUAGGAGCUAUGAAGUUGGAAUCAAUAAAACUGCUACUGUUGAAACCGUUGCUAAUCUCUUGCAGGAGGUUGGAUGUAAUCAUGCUCAGAUUGUUGGAUUUUCAACUGAUGGUUUUGCAACAACCACUACCAUGAGAAAAUAUCAUCUCAUAUGGGUGACAGCUCGCAUGCACAUUGAAGUCUACAAAUACCCUGCAUGGAGUGAUGUUGUUGAGAUAGAGACAUGGUGUCAAGCAGAAGGACGGGCUGGAACAAGGCGUGAUUUUAUAAUCAAAGACUACGCAACCAAUGAAGUCAUCGGAAGAGCAACGAGCAAGUGGGUAAUGAUGAAUGAGGACACAAGGCGACUACAAAAAGUGUCUGACGAUGUUCGAGACGAGUUUUUAGUUUACUGUCCUCGAGAGCUAAGGUUGGCAAUUCCUGAGGAAAAUAGUAAUUGCUUAAAGAAAAUUCCAAAAUUGGGAGAUCCUGCUCAUAAUUCUAGACUUGGUCUUAUGCCUAGAAGAUCCGAUCUCGACAUGAAUCAGCAUGUUAACAAUGUCGCCUAUAUUGGAUGGGUGCUUGAGAGCAUGCCUCAAGAAAUCAUCGAUAGCUAUGAGUUGCAGAGUAUUACCUUAGAUUACAGACGAGAAUGCCAACAAAACGACAUAGUUGAUUCACUAACAAGUGUGGAAGCACUUGAAGGCGCUGAGGUUGUUCCAGAACUCAAAAGUACAAAUGGAUCUGGUAAAGCAAUGGACGACAAACAAGAACGCCAACAGUUUCUUCAUCUACUUAGAUUGUCUAAUGAAGGACUUGAAAUAAACCGGGGGCGAACAGAAUGGAGAAAAAAGGCGGCUAGAUAAGUUUUAUCAAUUAUUCCUUGAGUAAAUUUCUCUCAACAUUGAACCAGUUUGAAUAGAUUUUUCAACUAGUAUUUAUAAAACAAAAUUAAAAGAAUAUUGUAAUAAUUAAUUAUGAGUGGUUUUUUGUUUGACAGAAUAAUUGAGUUAUUUAAACAAUAGUUUCUUGUGUGACUUGAAAUUAGUGUUUUUCCUUAAGUUUUCAUUUAAUUUUUCCACAAA